CAAGAAAAGUUCCACAAGUCACAGCACUGGGGUUACUGCAAUAAUGUUGCUAUGCUGGUUGGCGAAAACAAGCCUGGAAUAGGAGGUGAACCAUUACCUGGACAGAAGCUGAAACCUAAAUACAGUGUGUUUCCUGGAGGGGUGGGAAGUGAUGCUCCUGCUUGGGUAGCAUUUGACAAACAGGUAUUGUCUUUUGAUGCCUAUUUUGAGGAAGAAGUGCCUGACAAGAAUCAAGAGCUUUAUAGAAUCAGACACUGUAAAAUAUACUUCUACCUUGAAGAUGAUACAAUUCAAGUGAUUGAACCUCAAGUGAAAAAUAGUGGCAUAAUUCAAGGAACUAUUGUUCGACGGCAUCGGAUUCCACUUCCACCUCCUCGUGAAGAUCAGUUCUAUACUAUAGAUGAUUUCAAUAUCAAUGUAGAAGUAAUCCUUUAUGCCCAAAGAUACAAGAUUAUAGACUGUGACCAGUUUACAAAAAAUUUCCUGAGGAAGAUGGGAGUUAGAUUAAAUCCUCCUGCGGCUCGUCCAGAUGACCCGUACACCAAGGAGCGGCAAAAGAUUCUGGAUAGUAUGAAGCCAUUGCGCCCUUAUGAGCGCAUUGACACUCUGAAACAAUUUUUGGAGCAUGACAGACAUGUUCUACGUUUUUUCUGUGUGUGGGAUGACCCAGAGUCCAUGUUUCAUGACCCGCGGGAACUUGUUCUGCACUAUUAUUUGUCUGAUGAUACUAUUGAUAUAAAAGAAAUUAUACCAAUAAACUCAGGCCGGGACGCUGUUCCACUUUUCCUCAAAAGAGAUAAGCUUCCAAAGUAUGCUCCCACUGGGCUGUAUCAGCCGGGCGCAAUCACCAGUCGAACUGUUCUCAACGUGUUUGGAAAGGUAGUAGGAAACAGAGGCCGUUACAUUCUGGACAAUCGUAAGACAGGAGCAGUGCAUCAGGAUUUUUACAGAGAGAGUGACCUGAAAAUAGGGGAAGUAAUUAAUGUUUGGGGAAGGAAGAUAACACUCUGUGAUUGUGAUGAAUUCACUAAAGAAUAUUACAGGACAAAGUACGGAAUCA